UUGUAUCAGCGUAAAUCUUGCCUCCGACAGUAAUUUUCUAGCAUAUUUCAGUACGUCUUAAAUAAAUCCUAUAACCAAAAACAGGAGUUAAAUUUCCUUUCCAGAAAGCAAUCCCUAUUAGCCAUGACCCCAUUGACGAACAGCAACAAAAAUAGUCUCACUUUGCCAAUUAAGGUUAGAAAAAGUAAAAAAGUAAUGAAAUUUAAAAAGUACUGGAAUUUUUGAGUAUAUAUAUGUAGGUAUGUAUAUAAAGUUUUCUAACGUUCUCGGAUUUUUUAAGAAAGGCGGCAACGAAAGCCCAACCUUUUCUUUUUUGAACUAAGGCGCCAUUACAAAAUCUGAGGCUUGAUUUUCAAAGGGUAUACAACAAAAGAGAAAACGUCGAUUAUUUUUUAAACUAAAUCGCAUAGACUGACAUACAGACCGAACGGAGGAGGAAUCACGGGCGGGUUAAUCAGAAACAGCUUGACGUUUAAAAUGUCAAGGGGCAUCUCCAGCGGCUUAAAAAUUUACAACAUUUAUCAUGUUUAUGGCGUACGCGACAUGCUACCACAAGACAAGUAGAGUGACCAAUGAAGCGUGCGACGGCGCAUUUAUUCCGAAACGGUGGCAAAACCGCUUUAAGAUUCGCGCCCUUUUUGGCAAGGCGUGAAUCGCACGUCUUGCCACCCGCGAUUUUUUCCCGCGUCUCAGUUAGGUCAUAUUACAUAAUAACCAAAUAUCAGGUGGUGCUAUUGACUUUCGCACAAAACAUCAAUUUCAACCAACCAGGGGUAAGUAUACUGUCGCCAUGACAACUGAGGAAGGGACCAGAUGGAGUCUCAACAUGACAUCAAUCCGUUGGCAUGGCAUUACUCACUGGUCAGGAACGAGGCGUUUGUUAAACUGCCUCCCGCCGAUUUCUACCCCGGCGGCCCGAGGGUGGAACAAGCCAAACAAAAACCAACCAUCCAUGUUAGUUUCCUUGGGCGACAGGACCAAACUCGCAAUGUGAAGGAGUUGAAAGGAAAGCGUGACGUAGAGUAGUUUAGAUGGAGGAAGCGAGCGAUACACCCUUUUAUCAGGAUGAAGGGAUUUCAUCGCACAUUAUUUCGCCGUAUCUCUUCGACAAGUCGACCUUGCACUUGAAUUUACAACCUUUGGCGGAGGAUCCCAAAAUUGGAGAUUUAAAAAAGCAUGCAACGCCCUCAGAGCUCCGCUCGCCCGAUCUGGGUCUGCUUAAGCUGGGUUCGCCCGAACUGGAAAAAAUGAUCAUGUCUUUGCAGGGAAAUGUCACGGCGGGACCGAACCCUAGCUCACUCUUUAACUCGAACGUUCACGCAACGGUUCACACGGAUCACGAUCCCGAACCGUAUUCACGUGGAUUCACUGAUGCGUUGCAAGACCUUCACGAUCGACAGAUCACAAGAGAAUCUUCCCUUAUAGAUUUAGCAGACAAUGCGCCGGAGUCUGCGGACCCAUUUCUGGGGCAUACCACGGUAGGAAAUGCAUCGUUUUUGGCGACGGUACCUGCGUCCACUUUACGGUCUUCUGCGGACGGGGUUGUUUAUUCUUCAAACACUUCGCGUGUGGAGGCAAGCGAUUUCUUUGCGAACAACGGAAGCGCCUACUCCGCUACGGUAAAAGGAGGUACAAUUUAUCCUUAUUCUACCUCUACUGCGCCGAGUUACACGACCUUAUACUCGUAUCCAUCGGAAAAUGCCCCGUAUUCUGCCUAUCAUGAUUUUAAUAUGGAAAACUCGGCGACUCUGCGGGCUUUUGCGUCGUAUAAUAGCGCGCUCGCGCAGGAAAAACCGGAAUUGUCUGGUUACAAACUGGAAAAUCAAGCACAGAUGGUUUCGGAACACGGAGCUUUACAACCUAUUGAUCUGGAAGUCCAAGAGAUCGUUAAACGCGAAAGAAAAAAGCAGAGGAACAGAAUCGCCUCGUCUAAGUGCCGGAAAAGAAAGCUGGAGCGUGAAGCGAGGUUGGAAACAAGAGUUAAAGAACUGAAAGAGAGGAAUAUUGAAUUGAAUGCUGUUGCGAACGCGCUCAAACAGCAAGUCUGUGAUUUAAAACAGAGAGUCAUGGAUCAUGUGAAUGAAGGUUGCCAAAUUAUGCUCGCUCACCAAUCCCAAAUGUAGCCUACAGGUAACUUUAUUGAUUGUCAGGUAGGUGUUAAAAUAACAGUUGUUGACAUGCGAGCUAGACAGCCGUAAAAUCACCGUAUCAAUCAAAUACAAACUUCGCGGGUACGUCUUUUAAAUUUAAGGCUCGCGGGAACAUUUUAAGGCUCCUUCUCGCUGCCUUCGGUUAAAGUAAUAUCAUUGAUAAAUAUGUUUUCUCUUUUCUUGCAAUGGAACAGAUUUAAUAACUGUCAAGUUGCUUUAAUUGGAGAAUUACCUCAUCAGAGAAGUAUAUAUAAAGAAAUUCACUGUAAAUAAGCUACUUCACGAAACGAAUAAUUUUAGAUUUCCACUGGAAAGAUUAAGAAGUAUAUUCCAGCAUUAUAAGCUUGGUUUAGAUUGAUCCUUUAUCCAUAGGAUAAUUCUUCAGCAGUUGCGAUAUGUGACGGUCUUAUUCUAACGCUUUUGCGCAUGCGCAAAAUAGAACACUUUCCGCUUAGCCGCCACGAAGACUCAAGGGAGCCAAAAUGGUUUUCCUACAGUGUGAUGAUAGGUCAUUUUCGAAAUUUUUGAUGUCUUAAUUACUUUUGAGGCUUACUGUAAUCGG